AUGGCGGAUGAGGAGGCUGAUGUGGCUGAGGAGGCUGUGUUCCUGGCACUUGCCCAGGGUCCCUGUCCUCCAAGGAGUCCCCUGCACUGGGCGUUAGACAAGGCCUUCAUUAUCUUCCUGGCCCUCACCCUCACACUCCUGACACUGGAAGCUAGGUGA